AGUCACAAGACCAGUCAGCUGAAUUUCGGUGCUGUCGCAUUAGUGUGAAAAGACACUCGUAAUUUGUAAUAUAUUUUCUUUCCCUCUAGAAUAUAUUGCUUGAUAUUUGUGUGCACAUAAAACUGCUUUGCCACACGACACAUCAAUAAACAGCCAUCAAAAUGACAACCGCACUGUAUCUGCCCGAGGAAAACAUUGAUAUGAUUGCUGCCACUUCGGUGUUGCAGCAACAAGCGGCCGAUAUUCGCACCCGGACCAUCAACUGGGCAUCCUACAUGCAAUCGCAGAUGAUCAGUCAGGAGGAUUAUCAGUCCAUUAGUGCUUUGGAUAAAUCACGUGCCGCUUAUCUGACACAGAACUCCACACAGGUGGUGAAGACAUUGCUGAAUCUGGUGUCGCAUCUGUCCAAGGACUCGACCAUUCAGUAUAUACUUGUCCUGGUCGAUGAUUUACUGCAAGAGGAUCGCUCACGUGUUGAUCUCUUCCACGAAACCUCCGGCAAGCUGAAGCAAUGCGUCUGGGGUCCAUUCCUCAACCUGCUGAAUCGUCAGGAUGGCUUCAUUGUCAACAUGUCGUCACGUAUAUUGGCCAAGUUUGCCUGCUGGGGUCACGAGACCAUGCCCAAGGCGGACCUUAACUUCUACUUGCAGUUCCUCAAGGAUCAGUUGGCCACCAAUAGCACUUCCUAUUUGCAAGAGAUGGCCGCGAUGGCCAAGCGGGCACAAACGAUCAUUGUGCACACGCCUAUGCAACAAGGUAAAGAUCAUCAUGGCAAAGAUAAUCACCACCAGUACAGUCCAAGUGUGGCACAGCAGUUGCAGCAACAACACGAUCGGGCCAAUGAAAGUUACCGUGACGUUGGCUCAUACUCCUUCGAUCAGCAAAAGGAUGGCAAAUAUGUUAUACCGAACAACGAGUAUAUCCAAUCGGUGGCACGUUGCCUGCAGAUGAUGUUGCGCGUGGAUGAUUAUCGUUUUGCGUUUGUGAGCGUUGAUGGCAUCAGCACAUUGAUUCGCAUCCUUUCGACACGUGUCAACUUCCAGGUGCAAUAUCAAUUGAUCUUCUGCCUGUGGGUGCUCACCUUUAAUCCAUUGCUGGCCGCCAAGAUGAACAAGUUCAGUGUUAUACCCAUUUUGGCCGAUAUCUUGAGCGAUUGUGCCAAAGAGAAGGUCACACGCAUCAUUCUGGCCGUUUUCCGUAAUCUGAUUGAGAAACCCGAGGAUACAUCGGUGGCCAAGGAUCAUUGCAUUGCGAUGGUCCAGUGCAAGGUGUUGAAGCAAUUGUCCAUUUUGGAACAGCGUCGCUUUGACGAUGAGGACAUCACCGCCGAUGUCGAGUAUCUUAGCGAGAAGCUGCAGAACUCCGUGCAGGAUCUCAGCUCCUUUGACGAAUAUGCAACUGAAGUGCGCAGCGGCCGCCUUGAAUGGUCGCCCGUGCACAAAUCCGCCAAAUUCUGGCGUGAGAAUGCUCAGCGUUUGAACGAGAAGAACUACGAGCUGCUGCGCAUUUUGGUUCAUUUGCUGGAAACCUCCACGGAUGCCAUCAUUCUGUCCGUCGCCUGUUUCGAUAUCGGAGAGUAUGUGCGUCAUUAUCCCCGCGGCAAGCACGUUCUCGAACAAUUGGGCGGCAAACAGAUUGUCAUGCAACAUUUGGGCCAUGAGGAUCCCAAUGUGCGCUAUGAGGCUCUUCUGGCCGUGCAAAAGCUGAUGGUACACAACUGGGAAUAUCUCGGCAAGCAGCUGGAGAAGGAGAACGAGAACCAAAAACAAGGCGCUGCACCGAUUUCUGGCAAGGCCUAAAGCCACUAAUACCGCACAGCUACCAUGUACAAUCGUUAGCCAAGGUCGCCAGACGCCUAAAACUUAACUAACAAUAAACAGUUGGGGACGUGUGUUCGUUAGUUCGUCUCUGCCUGCGUCUCCCACGCCCAUUAUUAACAUUAUCGUUUUAUUCUUCUUGUUACCAUUUAAGCGCUUAUGUUUUUUCCUAAUGUUUAAACUAAGUUCCGUAGAAAAAGAGAGAGAGUUGAAAGGUCGUCGAAAAUUAUUAGAUUGUUGCUCUUGGUUGGCAUUCCGAACCAGUUGCGUAAAAAAGAUACAUUAAGAAUCAUAGAGAUUGUUAAAAGAGAGAGCGAUUGAAAGUUUAUUAGCAAAAUGAAAAAAAAAGAAUACAUAAACAAUUCUAUAUUCUUGUCGCAUGUUUUUGUUGUUAUUAUUGUUUAUAUAUGUGCUAGGCGCAGCUGUACAAAGUUUGUCUCACGAUUUUUACAAGUCAAUAGAAAAUUUGUAUUA